AUGACGUCCUCCGGCGUGUCGCUCCUCAAAUUCGUCGGGACCGUGUCCCUCGGUCUGUUGACGGGCGCCUCUUAUACCGUCUCAGCCUUUGCAUUCCCAACAUUCCUCCAUUUCCCCUCGUCCGCGGACGCUUCGCGCGCUCUCGUCGACUUCAACUCUCGCCUUCGGAUCCCCCUUAUCGCACUUACGUCGCUCGCAUCUGCGCCCCUCCUGCUUUCUUUCGUCCUCUCACCCCGCAAUUCCCGACACCCCUACCUCCUGUAUACUUCCCUUCUCACUCUCCUCUCCUUUGCCGCGCCAAACCUGGUCGCCCGCCGUGUGCCCGCCCCCGCAGAGCCGGCUAAGAGGAAGAAGAAGAGCACUCCCCGCCCUGUGCGCAACCUGGAGGCCAGCUACGAGGUCCUCGGCGAAGUUCCAAGUGAGGAGACACACAGCGAGGAGGAUUCCGAUGAGUUUGCCGCCGUGAAUGGUGAAGACGUGAAAGCAGAGGUCGAGUGGGUAGUCAAGCGCUACUUCCUCAGGACCGGCUUUGCUGCCCUCGGUUUUGCCAUGGCUGUCGUCGGCAUUUGGGGUGACGGUGCUCCUCAGACUGUUUCCUAUCUGUCAUGA